UUAGCAGCUUCAAUAUGAGAAAGGAAUGAGUGGUCUCAGUCAUCUCCUAUGCGUCAUAAACGGACGACAAAAGCAGAAACAGAAUACGCAAUUAUGUGGACACCUGUUUCAUUGAUUCGGAACGAAAUUAAGAAUUGAAAGUGUUUGUUUCACCUGGAACAUAAAGGCCUUCGGCAAAAAACUAUGACUCUUAAUUUUCAAAAAUAUUUUUUUUACAUGCUCCUGUUUUUCUUGGAUACGUAGCCUAAUAAUACAGGUGUUCAUUCAAUUUUCAAUCUACAACUAUUUUCCCUUUUGGAAUUAUUGUGGCAUGGCUAAUGUGUCCUUCAUGGAUCUGGGGAUUUUGCUUUUAAUUGGACUAAUGGUUACAUUUGCAAAAGGUUCUUCGGCUGUCAGCAAAGAAGCAAACCAAGCAAGCAGACUUGAGGCGACUCAAUUUGAUAAACUCUCCUCCACACACUCCACCGUGCAGCCAGUAGGCUCGCCUGAGCCCCCCAUUGGCGAGGACUCUUACUGCGAACUGUGUGAGACGUCAAAGCCGCGGAGGAGGUCCAAGCGCUGUACGUGCUACACUUACAAAGACAAGGAAUGCGUGUAUUACUGUCAUCUGGACAUAAUCUGGAUCAACACACCAGAACGCACAGUCCCCUACGGCAUGUCCAGCUACCGAGGCUCACAGCGGGUCCGACGUUCUGCUGAGGGCGGGGCCAGUAGGCUGAGAGGGGCGGGGUCUCAGCGAUGUGUGUGUGCAGUCCAGGUCGACCUGGAGUGCAGCAGCUUCUGCAUGGCAAGGCAGAGUUCUCCAUGACCAUAUGGGACAGAGAAAAAAUGGGGUAUAGACCCAUACCCUCCCACCCCCACCGCCAGGAAAUACUUUUCUGCUACUGCCUCUACAUUAGCCAGUCUUUUAUCUCACCUCAUUUCAAUGGGAUGGCUUCUUCAGGAAGGAAACUUUGGAUGCCCUGAUAUUUGUUUUCCAAAGCACCAUGUUCAGAGGAGCAUAGGAGGAAAAUCUGAUAUAUGAUCCCAUAAACAAUGAAGAAAACCUCCUACAUGCUUAGACAUAUUGCAAUUCGAGGUUGAGGCCAGGGACCAUGGUUUAAACCCCACCAGCUGUCGCUUCCACCAAUCUGAAAAAGCCUACUUGGCACAUAGCAACCUAUCUGGUGCACAGACUCCUUAAUCCCAUUUUUUUAUUGCAUCGGCAGAUACUAGUGGAUGGGAAUUUGUUGGCCAGGUGAUCAUGAAACUCUCACCUCAGUCUCCAAGGACAGCUGCAGAGCAGAUGGCUCUGAUGUUUAUGGUGAAGCUCAAGCAAGAGACACGGGGUGGGGGGGGGGAGUGAGAGAGACACCCAUCAUUGGGAAUCACUGCCUAUGUUAACUGUUUCUCUCACCUUUGGUGAAUAAUACUUGCCUUCAGAACCUUGUCUUUCAUGUAAUAAAUAAUGUUAAAUAAUGUUUUCUUUUUCUGGAGAACAUCUGUGUCUGUCUCAGAUUACAAAUGACAAUCAAUGGAUGGAUUUAAGGACUAACUUGAAUGAAACGAGAAAAUAAUCAGUAAUCAGCAGCUUUAAGCUAUCUGAAGACAUGAUUGAUUUUUCUUCAAGUAAAUAACAAUUAUUGCCAAUAACAAUCUCCUCUCACCAUUUUCCAUUGUCUAUAUAUUAUUAUCUAUAUAUACACUCUAUUUUUUCAACUUGUGUACAAAUGUGCAUAUCAGCAACUAUAUUCAAUUGUAUUCUACAGCUGUAUAAUAGACCUGAUGUUUCAGAAUCCAGGAUGAGACGCUGGUACCAUUUUUGCUGCCACUGAAAAAAGUAAUUCUUUGUAUUCACUGAUUUAUUCGUAAUAGUGUGUUUUCAAACUUGUACUUGGUUUUGAAUUAAAAUGUCAGACAGUGACCGUAGUGAAACAUUUUAAGUGGAGAUCUGACAAAAGGAAGAAUUCCUGGCCUCCUCCAAUUGGCUGGCAGUGAUUGCCAUAGGGCACCUUGCAUGCCAUCAACUGUCAUGCCAAUGCCCAUGUGAAAUGCUAGUUCUGGUGACUAUGCAUGACUAUGUCAUUACAAUAGCGCAAUUAUGUAAUACACAUAUUUUCAUAUAUGUCACAUCUGAACACUGGUAACCUGAACUGAUUUUAUUCUCAGAUGUAUUCUGAGGGUCAUCACAUUCAAACAGCGCUUGCGCGCUCCCUGUAUAUAAUCUUCCCAUUUCUAUUUUACCUGAUUCCUCAUCCAUUAACUAAGGCAGAUUUCAAGUUUAAUCAAACUUUACCUCACAAAACAAGCACACAGGCAUGUGUGCACGCAUACACACACACAUGCAUACACCCCCACACACAAAGAUAUGGAUGUCCAUACUCACAUGUACACUUUCUGUACACACCUGUUUACAUUUAUCUUUUCCAAAGUCUAUAACAUUUCUAAUGUUAUAAACUGUCAUUUUAUAACGUGAUUAAACAUGUGCCUAAAAUGUGAUUUAAAACGUUAAGUUUCAACACCCACUGUUAUCUUUACUUUCUCAUUUGAGAGCCUUGUGAAUACUCAUCAUUAUUAAAAAUUCAUAUAUGUAUAUGUUAAAUUGUGAGUUCAAGGUGUAAGAAAUAUAUAUUUUAAUUUAUGUCAACCUAUAUUACAUAUAUUCAAAAAAAUAUAAAAGAUUCAUAAAAGCUAUUUUAACAAUCCAGUCAGAUAAAUAUAUAUUUUUACAAUAUAUUAUUUUAAUUGUAAACACACACACACAAAAUCAGUAAAAACAGAUACUUUGAUGUAUACAGUAAAUAGACAUAUUUUUUAAAUGCAUUCCUUAUAUUUUGGAUUUUGUGAUAUAACUUAUGCUAUCACAAAACCGUAUGCUUUUUAGAAAGCAUAUGUGUUUUUAGUGUUUGCCACAGUGUUUAUCAGCCUGUAGUUAUUGUUCCAUGUGAGCUUCUUCACUGUUAAUGCAAUACAUAUUUUGUCAUUAUUCAUGUGCCCGAUUGCCUGAAAUGAACAUACACUUGCAUAUAUACUUAUUUAACAAUAUUGCACAAUAAUUAUUAUUCUACUUACAGCAAUACUGGGAAGGCAUGGGCUUAAAUGUUAUUGGCCAACAAUCGCCUUUUCUGAUCAUUUAAAGACAACAUACAAUAGGUAAGCCUUUUUCAGCUUAAAGCAAUAGAAAAUGGGUGUGUCAUACCCAAAUACAUUUUUUAUCUUCACGGUCAGAUUCCAUUUACUCAAAAAAAUUUUUGAUAGUUAUCAGAAGAAUAUAUUAAUGUGUCAGGAAAUGUGCUCCUGAAAUCGUUAACACUGCAGUGUGUAUAAUUAUAUUAUAUCUGGAUCUUUGUAUUUCUUUUAUUGUCAACAUUGACAGAACAGUUUACAGAACUUGGUUGUCAAACCAUAAACCUGUUAUGAGGUCAAUUUUGCCAUCAAGGAACAGCAAUAAAAAAAAGGAAAUUAUAAAGAUAGUAUUGUUAAUGUUGCCUAGAGCACAUCGUUGGGCAUCCAAAUUAACAUGAGAAUGUGUAAGCACAUGAAUACAUUCUUUUCCCAUUAUGAUCUCGUCAUUUGUGCAUAAUAUGUCUCAACAAGAUCGGUCUGACAUGUUCUUCCUCAAAGAUUAUCUGUUUGGGAGUGAAUAGUUUAGCCCACUGGUUCUUAAACCUUUUUACAUUGGGACCUAAAUUAGUAAUACUUUUCAAUAUCGGGACCCAAAUUAUUAAUUUAAUACCUUUCAGGGACACAUCAAAUACACAUAUUAGCCUAACCACUUCAUACUCUCCCGUGACCCAUUUUGGGUCCUGACCCAUAAUUUGAGAAACACUGGUGUAGCCUAAUAAUACCAAGUGACUCACAAUAAUUUGCGAGGCAUUUGGUAAGCAUGACAAUACUAAAGAGUUUGGCUGUGUAAUGAGAUUCUUCUGACUCCAUUUAAAAAUAAUAAUAAACGUUUGGUGUCUUUGCAUUUUGUAUAUAUGUAUAUGUGUUAAUAUACCUUUGAAUAACAGGGAUUUACCAAGGAAAAUAUAUGCAUAAUUGUACAAUUUACAGCAUAUGAAAUUUAACAAAACUGUAACAAGCAAAUAACAUGCAUUAAAGUACCUAACAAUGAAGUGUAUAGAGACCCUCAUUUAAAGUUUGUACUUGUAUGCAUCUUCUGUGACAUAAUGGUCCUUGCAUUAUUGAGUAUUUCUACCAAGUGGAUUUAACCAUGAGACCAAAUGUACCUGAAGUUUCUACCGUGUUUAUUAAAAAGCCACAUGCCCUUCAAAAAUAUUAA